AUGCUUAAAAUCAUGUCUCACCAACAGGCUUGUUUACGCUGCGCAAAAUUCGGAAGUGGCGGAAUCGGUAAAAUGAAGAAGGAGGAUAGAAAAAUACAGAAGGUAAACAUUAGCCCGCCUACCAAUUUCAGGCAUGUUUAUCACAUGGGUCUCAAUGAAGUUCCAGGCCUGGGAACUCAAAAACCGAUCACAAAAGCUUACUCUUAUCAGAACCUAAAUCCUCCGAUAGCAACAGCGGAGAAAGAUAGCAAUCACGUGUCUGGUUUUUCUGAACCAAGUGACACCAUGAGCGAAUAUGUAAGAAAAUUGUACUUUUCUACCGGCUUAAGCUUUCAGGGUUCUAUUGCAGAGUUGUUCAACCAAAUUCUAAGAGCUUGA